AGAUAAGUAUUGUCUGAUGGAAGGGACACGUCAUCCUUCUCUCUCUAAAAUUGGCCCACUGGAUAAGGACCGACGAUCUCGGCCCUCCACACCCUCCCAAUUCCGAAUCUUCUAUUUAUUUCCCUUCCCUUUCCCAUUCCAUUUCCCCCUUACUCAUUCCAAAAUUUAACUACACUUCCCUCUUCUCCUCCUCUUUAAUGGCGUCCGUCGCUACUGCUGGAUUCAUCGCACGAUCUUCCUCUUCUUCCUCUUCCUCUUCCUGUAUUCGCAAUACGAAUCGUCCGAAGAAGAAUCGGACUUCCUCUAAUCAACUUAGGGUUUCUUGUUCUUCUUCUUCUUCCGUCGCCGAUCCUUAUCGAACUCUUCGGAUUCAACCCGGUGCCUCUGAAUCCGAAGUCAAAAAAGCCUUCCGACAUCUCGCUCUUCAGUAUCAUCCUGAUGUUUGUAGAGGGAGUAAUUGUGGCGUACAGUUUCAUCAAAUCAACGAAGCUUACGAUAUUGUGAUGAAUAACUUAAGAGGUAUAUCAACGCCAAUAGAGACAUAUGAAACAAUAUAUGAUGAAGGGAUUGAUGAACCGAUGAGAGGAAUGGGGGAUCCAGAUUGGGACUUAUGGGAAGAAUGGAUGGGAUGGGAAGGAGCAGGAAUUCGUGAUUAUUCAUCUCAUAUUAAUCCCUAUAUUUAAAACCCAAAAACAAAAAGUUAAAAAUCAGUUAUGAGUUGUUCAUAGAAUUGGUCUUUAAUCUAUCAACAUCAGCAACAACCAACGGUUGUGAUGAUUUGGUUUGGCUUGUAUAUAUGGUGGGAAAAGAGGGGAGGUUGAAAAUUGGUAUUAAUUCAUUAUUGUGUGUACCCUUUUUUCAAGAGGUGUUUGUUGUACAUAUGGUCAAGAACAGAGCCUUUUGGGUCUUUUAAUAAUAUGAAAAGGCUUUGAAGAAUGGCCUAUCAAAGUUGUGGUGGGA